UGCCUCAUCUGCGACCCGAUCCCUCAACUUGGCGUUUAUCUUCCAAAAUCGGAAUCCCCUUUGUCACUUCCUUUCCUGGGAAGAUCGUACUCUGUUCCCAAUUCUGAGAGCUUCAUCGGAAUCAAUGGCGGCUUCUUAUCCCAAGCUCCAGCUUCGGAAGCUGGGAAACACCGGCCUCAAAACCAGCAGUGUCGGCUUUGGUGCCUCGCCUCUCGGCAGCGUCUUCGGCCCUGUUUCUGAGGAGGAUGCCGUCGCCUCCGUUCGUGAAGCCUUUCGUCUUGGCAUCAACUUCUUCGACACCUCUCCGUACUAUGGAGGGACCUUAUCAGAAAAGAUGCUUGGUAAGGGACUAAAAGCUCUAGAUGUUCCAAGGAGUGAAUAUAUAGUGUCAACAAAGUGUGGGAGAUAUGCUGAGGGUUUUGAUUUCAGUGCUGAGAGGGUAACAAGGAGCAUUGAUGAGAGUUUGGCUAGGCUACAACUAGAUUAUGUCGAUAUACUGCAUUGCCAUGAUAUCGAAUUUGGAUCUCUUGAUCAGGUUGUGAACGAAACGAUUCCUGCACUUCAAAAGCUGAGGGAAGCUGGGAAGAUUCGUUUCAUUGGUAUUACGGGACUUCCAUUGGAAAUUUUUACGUAUGUGCUUGAUCGAGUGCCACCUGGCUCCAUUGAUGUGAUUCUUUCAUAUUGUCACUACAGUAUUAACGAUUCAACAUUGUUAGAUUUGCUACCUUACUUAAAGAGUAAGGAGAUUGGAAUAAUCAGUGCGUCUCCUCUAGCAAUGGGACUUCUAACUGAUUAUGGUCCCCCAGAAUGGCACCCAGCUUCACCAGAAUUGAAGUCUGCAUGCCAAGCUGCAGCUGCUCUUUGUAAAAAGAAAGGAAAACAUAUUUCAAAGUUAGCCCUCCAAUACAGUCUGUCAAACAAAGAUAUUUCAACGGUUCUGGUUGGCAUGAACUCUGUCAGACAGGUGGAGGAAAACGUAGCUGCAGCUGAAGAACUUGCCACAUUUGGGAGGGAUGAGGAAACUCUAUCUGAGGUUGAAGCUAUCCUUCACCCUGUCAAGAAUCAGACAUGGCCAAGUGGAAUCCAACAGAGCUGACUGCUGGUAUGUCUAAUUUCUUUUUAAUGCUGAAUGUUGAAUAAAAAUGAAAGAACAUGCGAACAACUAUCAUGUAUAACAUGUUAUGGAUGUAAGGCUAUCGAUGCUCCAACUUUUAAAUGUUCUAUCAACAUGUUCUUAUGAAUGUAUAUCAACUGCUAUCUUUAACCUGAUUCCCAUUCUCU